CGAUGCCGCGCUGGGUGCUGCCGUGCAGAUCUAAAAAGGGACAACGUUGCUAGAUGAGCAGUAACUACCGGCAGUAAACUCUCAUGGUGUGGUCGGCAGUAUAGAUAGUGAAGUCCACGCACCUGACGAGCAAUGUGCAGCAUGUCGACGGUCCACUUGUCGGGACAUCAACGGCAUCUACACAAAGCCUGAUCUGCCACCAGGAUACUCUUUGGUGGCACAGAUACCUGCGGGAGCUUGCAAAAUUGUUGUUGAGCAGUUGAAACAUACUAGAAAUCUACUAGCUUUGAAGCACACAAACGGCAGCUUCAUCGUGAACGGUGAUUGGAAGUUCAGCAACAGCAGAGUGUUUCCAGGAGCGGGCACAAAGUUUGUCUACUUCAGACCGGAUGAGAACUCUUUGGAAAAUCUUAAGUCACCGGGUCCGUUGGCGAGUCCCGUUGAUAUCAUGAUAGUCAACUACCAAGCCAACACAGGAAUCAAGUAUAGUUACUCGCUGCCUAUGGAAGAUGCCCCGGUUAUCGCGCCCCCACUUAUGAAAAGGCCUAAUUCAGCAGAUCCUUCUAUUAUCGAAACCAGACGACUCGAAACUACGUACAGCAAUGUUACUUUGAAGGAUGAAUCAAGACCUCAGAUACUUCAUCCUGGCCCUAGAAGAACAAGAAUUCGAAGAAAACACUUCCACUGGAAAGUAACCGGACUAACAGCGUGCUCCAAAUCUUGCGGAGGAGGUAUUCAGACAUAUGUGAAGACAUGCAUCAGAGAUCUUGGUCCACACAAUCAAAUGCCUGUGCAUGACAGAAGAUGCACCCACUUAGAGUCUCCAACGUCAGCACCAAUACGGUGCAACACUGACCCGUGUCCGCCAUCUUGGGAUCAACAGUGGACCGACUGCAGCGUCACUUGUGGAGACGGUGUUCAACAAAACAUCCCUCAGUGCAAGCAAGACUCAUCAAAUGGCCCAGUUAUUGUCAGCGAAAGUCUAUGCCAGAGGUUACCAAAACCGGCGGUUCAGUCAAGACCUUGUAGGAAACCGGCUUGUGAAAGCAUAAGUGACAAUGAGCUUCCUAGAAUUGAGGAAAAGUCAUGGAUGACAGGAAACUGGAGCCAGUGUUCUGUGACAUGCGGCACAGGUCAUAGAACACGAUCAGUGAUAUGUCCAUCAAGCCACCAUUGUAAAGCAGAACACAGACCUGCACAUGCCGAGUACUGCAGCAUGGGACCUUGCUCAGCGUCACUUUCGGGCAGCGUUUCAGAUUCAGAGUCUCGAAAUUCUAUAACAUCAUAUUCAUCAUCAUGGCUGGUUACUGAGUGGUCACAAUGCUCGGAAGCAUGCGGUACAGGUCAUCAAACAAGAUUGGCACUAUGUGAAAACGAAGAGGAAACCUGUUCUGAUUCAAGUAAACCUGAAGUUUCCAGAGCUUGUUCUAGUGAAAAGGAAUGUGGAGGACAAUGGUUCACAGGUCCAUGGGGAAAAUGUUCGGAUUCAUGUCCGGGAAGAGCAAAACAAAAAAGGGAAGUAAUCUGCAUAGUGAAGAUCCGAGGCCAGUCGCACAUUACCAACGAAAUGACUUGCUCUGCACACCUGAAACCAUCUGAGGAACAAGCGUGUGAAGGCAGCUGUCCACCACAUUGGUUCGUAGGUGAAUGGGGACAGUGUGAAGAUUCAUGUCCGGUUGGGGUACAGCGUAGAGAAGUGAAAUGCCUGGAUUCUCACGGCAAAAGGCACAAUGGUUGUGCGGCAGAGGAUAUGCCGGUUUCAAAACGUACCUGCGCAUGUCCAGUAAAGGCUGCUACAGAUAGUCGGGAAAAAUAUAAACCUGCACAAGAUGAGCCAGCUGAUCGAUCGUGUGUUGACAGGAUCCGCAAAUGCAAGUUAGCAGUACAAGCAAGGCUAUGUCAUUAUCCUUAUUACACAACACACUGUUGUGAGUCUUGCCGCAGGGCACAGGAUCUGUUCGACUAAACCAUUGUAAUGUCAAAUAGUUCAGACGUAGACAGAAUUGACAGUCAGAUUUAAUGUUUGGAAUGUAGUAAAAUUUUGAUCUCGUCGUCUGAAGGGUUUCUAAACUGACGCCAACAGCUGUAUUGUUUUCUCGCACAGUUGUCUUUAACUGUUCUCGAGCCGGAGAUACAGCGAGAAACAAGGGACCACAAAAACCUAACGCGAGAAACCAUAUAGCUAUUUUCCCAUGUUUUAUUGGCGAGGAGUCAGCCCUAGAAACUGCGAUUCAAAGAGCGCAGUAUUCUUAUGGAAAUCAAGCAUUAAAGAAAAGAAAUUUACGACUGCUGAGCUAAAAUGUGUCGAGGUCAAAAUUUUACUAUGUGUGAUAGUGACUAAUAUGAAUGUGCAUAUGGUACAUGCAUAAAAGCAUACGAAUACAUUUUUAAAAUUCAUUCACCUCGUUUAUUGUGAAACUUACGUGAAAUAUGCGAGAUUAUGAUAACUUACUUAACUAUAUUUUUGCCACUCCUAGACGUAGUAUUUUGCUUGCCAGUCAAAUGAACUUGUAUUAAUGAUUUUCAUUUUUUCUACUAUGUUCAAUUUGAACAUUUAUUUACGUACGAAUUCUAUGUAACAACGCUCUAGAUUGUCUAGACGAUAAAGUAUACGUAUAAAAAUAGAAAUUAUACUUCACUAUUAAUGCUUACAGAAAAAAAUUUAAUGCGAAAAUUCUUCGUAUCAUAAUUGAAAUGAAAAAAAUAAGACACUUUUACCUAACAGUGGCAAAAUUGGUAAACAGAUACCACGUAUGUUUCACAUACAAAAAUACUCUUUUCAAUAUGUAAAAUAGAUAUCUGUGAUUAUAACUAUUUGUAGUUUAACUUUAUUUGAAGAGUAGUGUAACAUAUCUUACGUUUCUAUUUUUAAAAGUUUGGAAUCACAUUCGAAAAUUCAUUAUAAAGUAGACAAGUAGACCUAAUAUUCUUAACACUGGUGUAUUUUUGGAUUUGUUUUCAAAAGCUGUUUAUUUCUAAUUUCUUUCAGAUUACCUAUUACCUACGAAUUACGUUUAAUUUGUAAUAUGCUCUAUUUACAUUUUUUGAGCGUAAGAUGAUAUGACAACUGCAUUUAUAAUAUAACGAAUAAUUUCUUGUCCGAUUUAUAUCUAUAACUUGCUUAACCGGGCACUGCCGAGUUUACUGAUAUAUGUAAUUUUUUGAGAUAGCAAAAGAAGCACUUGCCAACUUGUAUUUUUAUUAUGUAGAGUUAUUUAUUGGGCAGAUUUACGUUAGGUGUAAGGUUGAUAUCUAUCAAAAUAAGUAUUAACUCUUAGGCUAUAUAUCUAUUUAUUAGAAAUAAAUGUUUUUAAAUGA